GACCGCCACAGUGCCACACAGCAUCCAGUCUCUGUUCUGUUCCAGUUGUCAGUCGUGAGGCAGCUCUCACCGAGUGAGGAUGUGUCGCCGUCGUGUCGCGAUGUGGACAGGUUGAUGGCUCGCCUUCGUGAUCUCACUAUCAGCAGUGGAUCCCUCGUUCUGCAGCAGUAGCCCUGUCAGCAAUGUGACAGACCUACCAGGAGUGACUGAACUGUAUUAACAUAGACUACAGACCAAUAACCAACCUGUUGAUUGGGGCCUACCUGUGUUUCACUGAAAAUGGGAAACAAGAUAGCCAGAUGAGAUGGUGGCCCGAACACUGUGGCUAUGGCUCUGUGCGGUAUGGCUCACUACUUGGCUCACCGAGGCCAUCAUCAACCCCAGCGCGGCCUCGGUUUGUGACCUCGGUCCCUGCAGUUGUGUCCGCGGCAAACUUCUCUGCGACUGUUCCACAUCUAAAGUGAAGAGAGUCGUGCUGAAGGGUCUGGAGGUUGGCAGUUUCAGCUCCAUCAGUGUUGCCAACUGUGGCCAUGUACAUGUGGUAUCACAAGCACUGUCAGGUCUACCAGCCCUGCAACAGUUCAGUGCAGCUAACAUCCCCAGCCUUACUCUGGAAGAACAAGCGUUCAGUUGGAGGACGGACAACGAGAGACACAGCGGUUUGCUGAUCAACAUCACCAAUAGCGCCAUCCCGGAGAUUCCCAGCUACUGCUUUCGCGGAUCUCUGCGCCAUGUCAACUUCGUGUCCGUCAAUGUAUCGCACGUGAGGCCGUUCGCAUUUUCUUCCAUCGACCGCGCCGAUAGGAUGGACUUUACCGGUGUCCACUUCGCCGACUUGGAGCCUCAGGCAUUCAAGAAGUUCAGUGUCGACGCCCUCAGUGUGACCGACAGCAAGUUCGACGUGCUGCCGACCAGGACGAUGGUAGAUGUCGAGGUACACCAGGAAGUGAAAUUCGAUCGUGUGGAAGUGGGUACUGCCAAAUACUCCGGGUUGAGGAUCCACGGCCCCAGACAUUUCCGGAUGAUCAGAUCUCGCGUUGAUCACGCCGAUCAUCACGCGUUCCGUGUCCAUACCAGGGGUCCGGUAUUUCUACUCGACAACGUGUUCACACAUCUAGAAAAAGCUGCAUUCGCAGGAUUCACUGUGGAAAGGAGGUUUCUAUUGGAGUUCGGCAAACAGGAGUUGAUUUUUGAAAACAACACAUUAGUCAACUUCGAGAGUGCAGCAUUGCUCAUUAACACUACCGGGUUCAGUCCUCGACUCGACCGGAUAGUGAUCAACCAGCACUGCUCUUGCCCGAACGCCGACUACUGGACUUCGGACCUCGUGUACUUCUCCUCCAACCCCCAAGUCCUGACGCCGGCUCCUCAAGUCGAGACGGUCUUGUACUGCUGCAGUCCCAAAGUCGACAACGUUAAGGAAUUCCAGAGGACCCACUGCAGCGAAAAAGACGCAAGGAAAUUGUUCUUCGUGGUGCUUUUGGCCCUCAGCGCGAUAGUCCUGUUAUCGUCGACGGGAGUGGUCGUUUACCUGGGUACCGGGCGGAAGGCCAAGCGCUACGUUAACGUGCCCAACUCACCGUCGCCAGUGAAGCAGGACAAAGGCGGCCACAUACUCGUGAUCCCCGACGGCAAGACCUACCGGGAGACUGAGCUUCACGUCAUUGUAGAACACGCGGAGCCCAUCACUCCUACUGAGUACAUCAAGACUCCCCAUGACUCCUAGGUUACCUUACUUCAGUAUUAUAUAAAGUGUCCCCUUGUAUGCAAUCAACCUUUGUUGUAAGAAAUGUAUAUAACCAUACUUAUCGCCGGAACGAUCUUUCACUAGUUUGGAAAUGUGAUAUUAAUUUUAGUUUUACGAAAUUAGUUUCGAAAACCAAAGCUUUAUGGUGUGAAAUUGUAAAUCAUCAACAGAUUUCUCGCAAAGAAUAAAAAAGACAUGUACUAUAUUUGUAGAGUUCUAUGUUAAGUAUGACAUAAAUAAUGUGCCAAAUUAUAGAUGUAGUAUUUAAAUGUUUAA